AUGCCCCACCACUUUGCCACCCGCGCCAUACACGUCGGCAGCAACCCCGACCCCGCUACCGGCGCAGUCGUUCCCACUCUCAGCGUGGCCACUACCUUCAAGCAGGACGGCAUCAACAAACUGCGAGGAUUUGACUAUUCUCGUAGCGGAAACCCCACCCGCGCUGCCCUCGAAGAGCUCUUGACGUCCCUCGAGACUGCCCCGGCCUCCAAGACCAGUCCCGACGCCCGUCAAGAUGCCUCGGGGGGCGACUCUUUUGUCUUUUCCUCGGGAUCAGCGGCCACUGCUGCUGUAGGCAUAUGGGCUUCGCUGAGCAAGGCAGAGGGAGGGGCAGGAGGGGCCGAUGGGAACGGUGGUGGCGGUCAUGUGUUGGCUGUGAACGAUUAUGGUGGAACUGCAAGGUUCUUUUCCAGGGCCGCUGGGCCGACCAAGCUGGAAGUGACAUAUCUCGACAUGAUUGAAGCUGGAGAGGCGGGCAUCCGAGCUGCCAUCAGGCCCGACACUAGGCUCGUUUGGCUCGAAGUCCCAACCAAUCCUACCCUGCUCAUACACCCGCUUCCUCUCGUCUCGCGCAUUGUCAAGAGUCUGCCCGCCGAGACCAGACCACUCAUCAUUGUCGACACUACUUUUCUCUCCGCGUUCAACUUUACGCCCCUCGUCGCAGACUCGCCUGACGAAGAGCCGUUGGCGGAUAUUGCCUACUCUUCCUUGUCCAAGUAUGCUUCUGGACACUCCGACAUUAUUCUCGGCUCUGUCACGGUCUCUCCUCAGACAGCCAUGAUCCGACCCGAGCUCAUCAAGUCUUUACGUUUCAUCCAAAACUCGUUCGGUGCUUGUCCCUCGCCGCAUGACUGCCACUUGUUGAUCCGGAGCUUGAAGACGCUGGACGCCAGGAUGAUCAAGCAUGGACUGAACGCCUUGCGCAUCGCAUCGUACCUCUCCAAGCACCCCCAGGUGGAUAGUGUCAAGUAUCCGGGUUUCAAAGAGGACAUUGGGUUUGCCGACAUUCAGAAGCUUUUGUCUGCCAGCCUCAAGAGGCAGCUCGAGUUCCUCGGGUGGUCUCUCCCUUGGUCGGACCCCUCCGAGAAGCAAGUCGAAGGGCUGAAUCCAGACUCUCUUGCAUACGUCAGGACGCUGGGCAUCCCAUUCGGCGGUGUCGUGACGUUUACUCUCAAGAACGGCAGUCUUGAAACCGCCGAGACGUUUUGCACCUCUCUCAAGAUUGUGACGCUAGCUGAAAGCCUGGGAGGUGUGGAGAGUCUUAUUGAAGUGCCCUCGGGGAUGACUCAUGCUUCGCUUCCCCAAGCGACCCUCGACAAGCUGGGUAUCACGCCUAGCCUCGUGCGCUUCUCUGUAGGCAUUGAAGACUAUGAUGACUUGGUGGAGGACCUGGAGGCUGCCUUUGCUGCGGUCAAGGGCUAG